AUGCCGCAUAGACGUACUACUUCUUUUUCCUUAUUUCAAAAGGAUAAAGAUAAAGAAAAAUUAAAAAUCGUCACUAGUCAAUCAGUACCUACAAUGAUUGAUUCUAAAAAAAACACAAUCAGAUCAAACAUUUAUACUCUUCCAGAUGGUAGAAAGAUCAAAACUGAUUCAAGACCUAUUACCUCAGUACCUUUAAUUAAUAAUACUAUUUUGAAAAAUGAAGACAUUUUUGAUUUUAAUAAUUCAAAUUUACCUAGACCAGAUGUUAUUAAAAAUCAUUUCAUGCAACAAGGAAAAUUAUCUGAUGAUCAAUUAAAAAUUAUCUUGAAUCAAUUGAUCUCUUUAUUAGAAACUGAACCCAAUCUUUUAAAGAUUAAUACAUCAAAUAAAAACAAUCAAACAUUGGAUCUGCAAUCCGUGGAUACUACUGUAGAGCAAGAUUUGAAUAGUGCAGAUGAUUUAAUGGAUAAAAUCAUUAUUUGUGGAGAUAUUCAUGGCCAAUUUUUCGAUCUUUUAAAAUUAUUUGAAAUCAAUGAUUUUAAUUUCGAAGAUUUUACAUAUUUAUUCUUGGGUGAUUAUGUGGAUCGUGGCUAUUUUUCCAUCGAAGUUUUAGUUUAUUUGUAUGUUUUAAAAUUAAAUUUCCCAAAUAAUUUUUACCUAUUAAGAGGUAAUCACGAAUCUGCUCAUUUAACAAGCUUCUUUACUUUUAAAAAUGAAAUGAAUUAUAAAUAUAAAACAAAUUUAAAUGCAAAUACAACAAAUACUACUAAUGCUACCACUAAUAAUAAUAAUCGUAAUUCAACUAUUCCUGGAAAUCAAAAUGAUGAUCCAAACGUAUAUGAUUUAUGUUGUAAAUCAUUUAAUCAUUUACCUAUUGCCGCUGUGGUAAAUGAAAAAUAUUUUUGUGUUCAUGGUGGUAUAGGUCCAGAUUUGAAUUAUCUCGAUGAUAUCAAUAACAUUAAUAGAUUCGUUGAGAUUCCGUCAAGCGGGUUAUUAUGUGAUUUAGUUUGGUCUGACCCAACUGAAGACUAUGAUGAUGCUCCAACUGAUGAUGAAGAUGAUGAAGAAAAUGAUGCUAAUAAUUCUAAUUCAAACGAAAACGACAAUUCAAGAAUAAAUAACGAUACAACUGUAGAUACAACUAACAUGCAAGACUCUUCUUUGAACAUCACUACCAUUGAAUCAAUCGAUACAAAUGGUGAAAUUACUGCUGAUGGAGAUAUUUUUUUCGUUCCAAAUGAAUCAAGAGGUUGUUCAGUUUGCUUCACUUAUAAAGCUGUAUGUGAGUUCUUGAAGAAAAAUAAUUUAUUAUCAAUCAUUAGAGCACAUGAAGCGCAAGAUCUAGGCUAUAGAAUGUAUAAGAAUACAAAAGAAUAUGAUUUCCCAAGUAUGCUAACGAUUUUUAGUGCCCCAAAUUAUUUGGAUUCUUUUGAUAAUAAAGCCGCUAUAUUAAAGAUCGAAAAUGACACUCUAAAUAUUAAUCAGUUUGAAAAAUCUCCUCAUCCUUAUCUAUUACCUGAUUUUAUGGAUGUUUUUUCAUGGUCUUUACCAUAUGUAGGUGAGAAAAUUAAUGAUCUGUUAGUGUCAAUUUUAAAUAUUUGUAAUGAUGAUGAUGUUAAGGUUUCUCCAUCAAAGUUAAAAAGAAAUUUGAAAAGAUAUUCACAUUAUUCAAGUUCAACCUCAAACUUACCUUCAACAUCAUCUCCUAAAAAGCAACAAGUAGAAACAAAUAAGCCUAUUAAAUAUUUAUCUGACGAUCCUGAAACAUUCACAUAUAUGAAUCACUCAUCCACUCAGUCUGCACCUGAUUUAGUUAACCCUUAUUCAGUAAAUUCAUACAAGUUAUCGAACUCACAAACAAUUUAUCCCACUUUUAAAGAUGUAGAUAAAAAGAUCGUUUAUUCGAAAUUACAUAAUACGGGGAAAACUAAUUUUAAUUCAACUUCGGAUUUAUAUUCUAAUUCAAUUACAAGUUCCAAAUUCAAUAGAAAUAACAUAAAAGCUAACCCGACUUCAGAGUUAUCCUUUGGUAUUGAUAAAAAAAACAAUAAUCCUGCAUUUACUCAGAAUUCUUCUCUAGUAAAAAUAAAUUCAAAUUCUAAUAGAACUAACUCACCAAAUGGAUCCCCAGAUGGCAAUUCAAAUAAUAAUAAUAGUUCAAGACCUGCAUCAUUUCCACAACGACACUCUUAUCAUGCCUUAAGUAAAUGUAGCCCAAAUACAUUUACUAAUAUGAAUAACUACAACAAUGUUAACAGUUAUAGUACCACAUGUAUUACUAGUACUAAUAAUGCCCAUAUCUCAAAUCAAAAUUAUAACAAUAAUAAAAAUCCAUUUAAUGAAAAUUCAAUCAAUAACAUAAAUAAUACAGACUCUCUUUCAUAUGAAACUAGUAACAUUUCUAAUGUAUCUCCACCGUAUAAUACUCGAAAUACAUACUACAUGGAACCUGAAUACAUAAACAAGGAUCCAAAUGAAAUGGUUUAUAAUUCCCCUGAAUCUGAAAUCGAAGUUGAAAAUAAUGAAGUGAACAAUAAUAAUUUUAAUAUUAGUAUGCCCCCCAAUAACACUCCCUGUUACAACUCUAAUACGUUCGAAUAUAUGAAUGAUUCUCCAAUUAAAAAAACUAGCAGAACUUUAAUAAUGAAUAACAAUUUAAGAAAUCCUAGGUAUAACAUGAGAAACAUGAACUCCAAUAAUAUGAAUGGAAACAUGUAUAACAAUAUGCGUGUUAGUAACUCGUUUAAUAAUCUUGAUAAUAACAAUUUUGAUAAUCUUGUGAACAACAAUAUGAUCAACAAUAUAAACGAUAAUCUCAAUAUUAACUCCAUCAAUAACAAUAUGAAUAGCAACACUUUCAACAACAUGAACAGUAAUUACAAUACUUACAAUAAUAGUUACAAUAAUAAUUCUAGGAAUCCAUUUUAUCAAAGUAAUAACAGCUACAACAUUGAACCGAAUGGUUCAUUCAAUUCUAAUUAUCAAUACAAUGGUAAUAAUAAUUGGAAUGAAAAUACGGGUAUGUAUUCAAAUAUGAAUACCAGUAAAAUUUCAAAUAUGAGUUACACAAGUGGGGUUGGUAAUAGGAGUUCAAAUAUGAUCCCUAAUUCAAAUAUCUCGAAUGCAAGAUAUCAACAGUCAAAUAAACCAAGAAGACAUUCUCAUUUUACUGGGUCCACCUCUAAGUCUUAUGAAUUUUUGCCAGUCAAUAAUAUUGAUGUUGGCUCUGCGUACCCUAUGUCAAAUAAUUCAAGAUUAAUAAAUCAUACUAAUCAAAAAUUUAAUACACCAAUUCAACAUAAGAAGAGCCAAAAUGUUGUAGCUGCAAGUAGAUUUAGACAAUUAUCGCCUGGUGUAAAUCUUAACGUAAAUUCAAAUUUUAUUAAUGGUAGGAUGUAA